AUGUAUUUUCCAUUAAUCCUCGCCGGCUUUGCAGUCGCCCAAAUAGUUUCCGGUCACGUCGCUAUGACUAAGGUUAUAAGAGACGUAGAUGGAAGCGCUGGUUUAGAAAGCCAAGCUACAGUUGAUGGAUCUAACCCACCCGCCGAAAUGACCGACAUGGCUGACAUGGCUGAAAUGUCUGACACGACCGAAAUGAAUGACAUGGCCAACAACACAAACAACGAAGACGCUGCUCCUUCCGGUAAUGACGGUGCUGUUCCCGAUGAGGACAGUGAGCAAAUGUCUGAGUCUGUCGCCGAAUCCCCUGGAUUUCCCAUGAUAGCAGCUGGUGGGCUGGUCACCCUUAGUCUAAAAGCCACUGCAGAUAAAGCUGGUCCCUUUACGUGCAUGAUUGAUUCCAUGGUCGAUAACUCAGGUAGUUGGGUUAACAUGGACGUUACCGUUAACUCUAUCAACAAAGACGUAACGAGCGACCAGACCGAAGUCUCCCUUUCUGCCCAGAUCCCGGCAGAUCAGAGCUGCCUCGGAAACAUGAAUGAUACCGAUAAUGUGUGCACAAUUCGAUGUGACAAUAUUGCCACACCUACGGUAAUUGGAAAAUCUCUGCCUGUGCAGUUGGUCGAUGCGGAGGUUAUCGAGAACAUUGGUGAUUCUGCCGCAACCCCACCAUCAGACGAAGGGAUCUCCGGCAGUGGUACUGCUCCUCCAGAAACUAUGCGUAUUACUAGCGAUAGAGACAGACUUCCCGCUGAUCGCCCUACUACCCGGGUAAUUAGUGACGGUCGUGUCAGGCCAAUACUAUCUUUUGAUAAGAGAAAAAUCGUUCCCAUGGAUCUGCCAGUUCAGAAGUGGAAGAUUGCUAGAAGUUUCAUAGCUUGA